UCACACAGUCUCACAGAUGCAGAGGCAGAGAGUGCAGUACCGCUCAUCGCUUGAUAUCAAUCCAAUUUUCAUUCGACACAAAUUUGAUGUGGUGAAUGUUUAUGUAUCAGCUUACGACUGCAUGUUUUCGUGAGGUAUUGAUCAGGUUAGAUGAGGAACUGAAGAGGGAGGACAAUUAAAAGCUUGGUUCUAUUUUGCUUUCUAAUACUGUCAUACUGGAAACAUGGAGGGCAUGGACGACACCACCAAAUCAACAGAGAUAAAAACAGACACAGAUUCCUGCAAAGAAGUGGAUUCUCCGAGCGAGGCUUCGUCCAGCGGAAUAUCUUCCCAGGAAGAGCCACCCGACACUAUUCCCAAACCGUCCCCAGAGGAUGACCACGCUGAUGACCACGAUGAUGAAAUAUACCAAGCACGGCUGCAGCAAGGUCUGAUGACAUUCUCACAGGGUUCAGAGGAGUCGUCCAGCAACCCUACAGAUACAGAAUCCCCUGGGAGAAGCGGCGGGGGUCAAGGAGGAAGCAAGGAAGGGGGAAAGAUCGGUGAUGAUGUAGGGGAUGGAGCUGGGUCUGGGGGCACUAUGAGCAGCUCGGGAUCGGAGGAUAGCAGUCUAACUAGUCUUGCGGAAGAACAGCUCAAGAAACCCCUCCCUGAGGUACUGAACGAUGUAGCCAAGUUUGCCUAUUCAUCACUCGUUGCUGUAUGCCUUCCUAACCUGUUUGAGAACGAGUGGAACAAACAGUGGAACUUAAAGACGGUGAAGUCUCUUAGUAAAUACCUGAAGCUUCCCAAGCAGUCAGUGGAGACCCUAAGUAUCAUGGUUGAGGAUCCGAACCAUCAUGACCUCGCCAAUGCAGAUGUCUUCACAGAAGUGCUUCUAGAGGAUCCCUCCCUCAUCAAGCCAGAGAUUAUCCCAAAGGACAUGAUCACCCAGGCAUUGAGUGAUGGAACAUAUGAUGCUAGGAUGCGAGUCCUUGUGAGGGAAAUAUCGAAGCGCCUUGAUGUUAGCUGGAAGAUAAUCAGAGCAUUUGAAAAGGGAAUCAUUGAUGUUUAUGAACAAGAAGAGCACGAGCUCACUGAAGAAGAGAAGAGAGAACGAGACAAGAAAGCAAAGUUCAGGAAGGCUAGACGUUACGUCAUGAUAGGAGCAGCUACAAUAGGAGGAGGAGCUAUCAUAGGCCUAACAGGAGGGCUCGCAGCUCCUCUGAUAGCUACAGCAGGGGCAGCAUUUCUGGGGACAAGUCUUAGCUUCUUCGGGACAGUAGCUGGGGCAGCGAUCAUCGGAUCGAUUCUGGGUGCAGCGGGAGCAGGACUGUCGGGAUACAAAAUGAAGAAGCGAGUUGGUGAGGUAGAAGAGUUUGAAUUCACUGCUUUGGCAGAAGGAAGGGAUCUUCAUGUGACCGUUGCAGUCUCUGGUUGGCUGCAGAAAGACUGCCUAGAUAACUUCACCAUUCCUUGGCGUUGUGUAGCGACCUGUAAUGAGAUCUACUGCUUGAAAUGGGAGUCUCAAUACUUGAUCAAACUGGGUGAAUCGUUGGAGUAUAUUCUUGAUACAGUCAUGAGUAUGGCAGCCAAGGAAGCCCUCAAAUACACUGUUCUUGCAGGUUUGCUUGCAGCAAUAGCCCUACCAGCAGCAGCCUACGCUGCCAUUUCAAAUUCCAUUGACAAUCCAUGGAGCGUUGCUACUAGUAGGGCGAGCGCAGCUGGUAAGCAGCUUGCAGAGGUCCUGUUGUCACGGCAACAAGGCAAACGGCCCGUGACCCUGGUUGGGUUCAGCAUGGGGGCAAGGGUCAUCUUCUUCUGUCUCAAGGAGCUCUCUCAACGCAAGGGCUGUGAGGGGAUCGUACAGGACGUCUACCUCUUGGGGGCGCCGGUCACUUCGUCCGUUGCCCAGUGGAGACCAUUUGAGAAAGUUGUGGCUGGGCAUAUUGUGAAUGGCUAUUGCAGAGGUGAUUGGCUGUUACAGUUUGUCUACAGGACAGCAUCCAUGCAGGUCAAUGAUAUUGCAGGAUUGGAGCCUGUCCGAUGGGACAAUAGACGUAUGGUCAAUGUGGAUAUUACAGAAGUGGUCACAGGUCACUUGGACUACUCAAACAAAAUAUCUACCAUCCUGGACUUUGUUGGUCUUGAAACCAAAGACGUCCCAAAAUCUGGCAGCCUCUCUGAUCUUACCAAGCCCAAAACAAAAGAUACGGCAACCAAAGAAGCCGCCGAUGAUGACCCCCUUGCUGUCAAGAUUGAUGCGAGUGAUCUUCUCAUACCAAAAAGCGCAUCAGCGAUGGACCUUGCCCUUUCUAAAUUGAAGGGGUCAAAAGGUCAAUCUUCCCAAGAGGACACGGAUUCAAGGCCCAAAACUCUCGCUGAGAAUGUCUCCCACUCCCGAUCCUUGGACAAAAUUGCACCAAGCAGUGGGGCUCCCUCUGUUGGACCAGAGACCAUCGACAGGAGCCACAAAGACGACGUCAGUCACCCAGAGAAGCCAGUGUCAGCAGAUGACUCCACGGAAGGCGCAGAAGGGGGAAGAUCAACGGUAGGAUCAGAAGGAAGCGGAUUGGAUGAGAGAUUGGAAGAUGCGUGCAGUGAAGGUGAUGGAAGGAAGGAUGCAGAGAAAAGCAAGGGAGGAACUGUGACAAUGAGAGAGGGUGUAGAGAUGGGACAGGACCCGUUGAGCGCCCUAUAGUAGAGAUUGAAUCACUAAUGUACAUAUAAAUUAAUGCCUUGCCGAAAGGCUUAUAUGUAAGCUAGAAACUGAAACCAUUUGAUCAACAAUCUGAUGAUUUGUUCAAAAGGCCGAUCAUC